AUGCCUUCUAUCCUCAUAACUGGAGCGAACGGCUUCGUUGGUCAAGAAUUGGCCACGGGUCUCCUCAAUGCCUGUCCCGACACCCGGCUCACCCUAACAGACGUCACUGUAGCUCCGUCAGUCCCAGCUUCAGCUAAGCCCGAAGACGCCAGCCGUAUAACCAGCACGAAGGCAGACCUCACCUGCCAGUCCGCUGUUGACGAACUUAUCAGCUCCUCGACCCCCUACGAUGUUGUCUAUAUCCUCCAUGGAAUUAUGUCUGGUGCCUCCGAGGCCAAUUUCGACCUAGGCAUGAAGAUCAACUUCUUCUCGAUACAUUAUAUAUUUGAAAGGUUGCGGAAGGUUACUCCCGGCGUGAAGGUCGUCUUUGCAUCUUCCCUGGCCGUCUAUGGACCGACACCACCUGGAUUUAUGAUAAACGAGCGCAAUCUCCCACCACUCCCCACUUCCUCGUACGCAACGGCAAAAGUCGCUUCCGAGCUAUUAUUAAACGAUUAUUCGCGCCGUGGAUUCCUUGAUGGAAGGUCUCUUCGACUGCCUACCGUUACUGUUCGAGCCGGUGCUCCCACGGGGGCCGCAAGCAGCUUUGCUUCUGGUAUCAUACGUGAGCCAUUGAAGGGCGAGAAGAGCAUAAUGCCUGUCAAAAAGGAUACAGAGCUAUGGAUAUGCUCCCCAUACGUUGUCGUGGAGAACAUGAUCUACGCCAAGGACAUUCCAAAGGAGAAGUUUGGUGACUCUAGAGCAGUGAACCUACCUGGAAUCAAGGUGUCGGUGCAAGAUAUGCUGGAUGUUUUGGAACAAGUUGGUGGAAAGGAGAAGAGAGCUUUGGUUGAGGAGAAGUAUGAUGAAACGGUUGAUAAGAUCGUCCAGGGGUGGUCGCCUAACUUCGACAUUGCGUGGGCUAAACAGCUAGGUUUCAAGGAGGACAUGUCGCUUUUGGAGAGCGUGAAGAGAUAUGUAAGUGAGCAUGUGAGCAAGGGUUGA